AUGGCUAGAUCUCAAAAGAAACCGGCAGCUGCAGGUUCUUCUAAAAUAUCAUUGCGAACAAGAACUACCACCAUUCCUGGCUUAUUUCAAAAACAAAAGACUGCAAGUAAAAGAAAAGUUCAAGAACAAGAAGAAACAUCGAGUGAUGAAGAUGACGAAAUAGAAUCUUCUCAAGAAAGUAGUGAUUCCGAAUCUGAUGUUGAAAGGUCAACAAAGAGAAGGACGAGACAAACUAGAAGAGGAAGAAUUACUGUUGAUACGAGUAGUCAGCUAUUGGAGCCUAUUGUAGAUUCUCAAUCUGGACAAGAUAAUUUAUAUGAUGAAAUAAUCAAAUCAGACUGUAAUCAUGAAAUGCUCGUGACUAAUUGGAGAGAAAGUUAUGAAGCAAACAAGAUUGCUGCUUUAAGAGAAUUGGUCAACUUUGUUAUUCGCUGCUCUGGAUGCUCUAUUGGCGUUUCAGAAGUCGCGUUUAACCAAGAAGAUGGAUCAUUGGAUGCUCUCAAAGAAUUGCAAGAUCAACUUACCAAGCUGCCAAGCCAUGAUUACCCAGUGAUAUCAAAAUCCAAAGAAGACAAGAUACUUCGACGUAAUCUUUUAUUAUUCUUUGGUGAGCUUAUUGAACGUACUCGAUAUGAAGAGAUUUAUGAUGGUGUCAUGAUUGAAACUUUGCAUAAUUGGUUAACGACUAUAUCAAGCUCAACAUAUCGACCAUUUCGUCAUACGGCUACUCUUGUUGCUUUCAGGAUUAUAACUUCAUUAUGUGCUCUUGGAAAGGACAUGAAAGAGGAACACGAUGUUGUGUUGAGACAGUUUAAUGCUGAAAAGAAAAAGGGAUCCAACUCAAGAAACGUACAGAAAUCAAAACUAUUAGGACAAAGAUUCACCACAGUUGAUAAUAAUCUCAAAACGAUUCAAGAAUAUCUCAACGAUUACUUCAAUAGCAUCUUUGUUCAUCGAUCCCGUGAUGUUGAAUCAGUGAUUCGUACAGAAUGUAUCAAGGAACUUUGCCAAUGGAUGUGCGUUUUUGAAUUUCAUUUUGUAGACAACACAUAUCUUCGUUUCUUGGGCUGGGCAUUUAAUGAUCAAAGUGCCAAUGUAAGAUCUGAAGCUGUCAAAUCGAUGAUAUCUUUAUACAGGAUUGAAGAUAUUGCUACAAAGCUGUCUGCUUUUACCAAUCGAUUCAAAUCUCGUAUUGAAGAAAUGGCGCUCUAUGAUGUUGAUGUCUCCGUACGUGUUCAUGCAGUUCACUUGUGUCAUGCCCUUCUCAGAUCAAAUAUUGAUGUCUUGAGUGAAGAUGGUCAGCUGCGACUAGCUAGUACCAUUGCCUCGGAUGUGCCUCGUAUUCGUAAAGCAGUUGCUCCCUUUGUGAAGGCAAUGAUAGAAAAGAACUUUAUUACUCCAUUGACCAAUGAAAUUACUGGAGCGGCUUCUUCAACUCGUGGACGUGGACGUAAAGCAAUAAAUGCAACCACCGCAUCUACCAACGUCAACCAAGACUGGGUUAUGUUCAAGUCUAUUGCUUCAUUUUUGGUUCAGCAAUCUGCACACAUUUUAGAACAGGAGGCAAAUAAUGGAAAUGGCACAGAUGGUAUGCAGGUUGAUCUUUCUUCAUUAACAAACACUCUGGUUGAGAGAAGAAACAUAAUCAUUACCAAUGCUGUCGAAGCUCUGUGGAACCAGUAUAGCAAGUUACAAGACUGUCAGGCAAUGUCUGAUUACUUAAGCCGCGAUCAUUCUCGUGUUUCGGAACAGUCUGGUGAUCAAAUGGACACGGGUGAAUUAGAUGAUUACUACAGACUAUCAGAGGAUGAAGAGGUAGUGUUGGUAAAUGUCUUUGUUGCCUGUAUUAGUACAGCAGUUGAAAAAGGCCUUGACAAGAACUUGGCAGAAGUAAAAGACAAGAGACAUAUUGAUAAGAGCAUCUUGGACGAAAACAAAAAGGAAAUAUCCCGAUAUCUUGCUCAAGCUCUACCCAAGUUAUUAACAAAGCAUGCAGAUGAUGCCAGCAAGAUGACUCAGCUGGUAUUGGUGCCUACAUUUAUGGAUUUGAAUGCUUAUGUGGAACUACGUGCUGAAAAAGAAUACGAAGAACUCAUGCAGACUCUGAUUAAAGUGUACCAAAAUGCUGUAUUGAAAGACUUGGUAGCAAACUGUGCUGAAUCAUUGCAACGCAUGUCCAAGGCGGAUUAUUUAUCAGAAAUAAACGUGCCACAGCUGUCGACUUUAAGAGAAGCUGUUGUGAAUCAAGUACGAGAAGCCUGUAAUGGAAAAGAUUUAGUCACUACUCGUUACAACACUGCGCUCAUCCAUUCUAUCUCUGUCAGUAUGCUUCGUCUCUCCUAUCUGAUCAGCUUUAUGGAUCCAACAACCGCUAUGGAUGAUGCACAAGGCAUGAGUAUGAACGUAGUGGACUAUAUUGGUGCACUUGUGGAUAGAGCAGCAUUCGGUUAUGAAAAAGAAAAGAACAUUGCUCAAUCUGCCAUGGUUGUUCUUUCGCGCUAUAUUAUGUGGAAAUGCAACUCAUUAGCAUACUCGUUAGAGGCAGCCGGCCUUAUUGAAAGACGUCGUGAUUGGAUUCUUGACAAGUUUACAGAAAUUGUGGUGGGAACAGACAUAAGCCCGUUGCCUGAAGUUCGUGCAAGCGCUUUUGGGUAUCUGAUUGACAUUUAUUGGCUCUUUGGUAGUGACUUGUUUGAUUCUUACAACUUGGCUCGUUUGAAGACAAGAUGUUCUGCCAACCUACAACAUUCUUGCGCUCAAUACGUGAAGGAGCAGUUGGAUAAUUUGGAUAAGCUUGCAGAAGAAACGAACCAAUUGACAGAUGCCGAGAGAGCCGCACAAAAGGAGAUUGUUCUACAAGUGGUUACAAGUUAUUCAAGAGGCAUACUGAUGGGAGUACUUGAUAUCAGCUACACCGUCUCUUUGUUGGAGGUGUAUGGCUCUAAUCCUGAAAUAGAUGAUGUGAUCAAGGCUCUAGUGACUGAAUUCGAAACAGACGUGUUGAGUGGCGAAAUUGCUGCUGAUGGUAUUUGCAGAAGCUAUAUGGGGGCCUUAAAACAGUCAUUUAACAAAAACAUCAACGACUCAUGGAGAUCUAUUGAUAAAACUCUCAAAUUGGCACGUCUUGAGGCGUCAUCGUUGAGGAAGGCAGAUCAGGCUGAUACUGCCAGAAAGGUGCCUCCUCAUGUUGUCUGUGAACGCAUUCAUUUGGAUGGUAUUAGUUUUGCACUUGCAAAGGCAAGAGAAGGAUAUGAAAACAAUCAAGACAAUGAUAAAGAUAACGCGCUCAGGUUUUUCAAGGUGCUUACUGUUUUUGCUAAAGAUUUGGCUCGUGCGCGAGACAUUGCUAGAAUACGUAAUCACUUGGAAGAUUCCUUGAGAAACAAUAAAUUAAGCGUUGAGGAGGGUAAGAAGGAAUGGGAACAUUAUGUUAACUAUAUCAAAUCACUUGACGAUGUCUUGAAGAAAAAGGGUCUUCGCUAUGACUCAACCAAGAGAGCAAAUAAUGCAGAAACUCCAGCUGCACCUAUCUUUGACGAUACUAUGGAAGAUUUGGAUGAAGGCGCAUUAGAAGGAAAUGACAGUAAUAGCAAACGACCACUCCAUGAGACUGAAAUGGAGCUUGAUGAUGCAGCAACUACAAAGAGACGACGCAAUUUGUGA